AUGCUGAAUGCAGCAGAAGGCAUCCUCCUUUGUGUUGUCGCUGGUGAGGCAGUGCUAGGAGUUUUAGGGAAUGCAUUUAUUGCACUUGUGAACUGCAUGGACUAUGCCAAGAACAAGAAGCUCUCUAAGAUUGGUUUCACUCUCACUGGCUUAGCAAUUUCCAGAAUUUGUGUCAUCUGGAUAGUAAUUUUACAGGGAUAUAUAUAUUUAUUCGUUCCACACAUCCUUACUACUAGCAACAUAACUGAAUGCAUUACUUACCUAUGGGUACUUAUCAGUCACUUAAAUGUCUGGUUUGCUACCAACCUCAACAUCCUCUACUUUCUAAAGAUAGCAAAUUUUUCCAACUCUGUGUUUCUCUGGCUAAAAAGGAGAAUUAGUGCAAUUUUUAUCUUUCUGUCAGGAUGCUUGCUUACCUCGUGUUUAAUACGUUUUCCACAAGCGGCGAAGAUAGUAAAGAAUAGUAAAAUGAACUACACAUCCUGGCUCCACCAGUCGAAAUAUGACUUAAUUAUUAACCAAAGUUUAUCCAAUCUGGGAGUGACUUUCUUCGCUGUGGUAUCUCUGAUUACCUGUUUCCUGUUGAUCAUUUUCCUGUGGAGACACAUCAGGCGGAUGCAGUCCGAUGGCUCAGAAUUCAGAGACCUCAACACGGAAGCUCAUGUGAGAGCCUUGAAAGUUCUAAUAUCUUUUAUGAUCCUCUUUAUCUUACAUUUUGUAGGCCUUACCCUAGAAGUAUAUUACUUUAUUCUGCCAUCAAACAAACUAGUCUUCAUAACUGGUUUGACAGCCACAUGUCUCUAUCCCUGCGGUCACUCAAUCAUCCUAAUACUAGGAAACAACCACCUGAAGCAAGCCUCUUUGAAGGCAGUGCAGUGCCUAAAAUGA